AUGACUUCCUUGCAAGGAAAAGUAAUCGCUGUCACCGGCGCGGCCAGUGGGAUUGGUCUUGCCACAGCACAAGUCCUGGCCACACGAGGUGCGAUUGUGGCCUUGGGAGAUAUCAACAAAGAUGCGGUGGAAUCUGCUGCGGCGUCCCUCCCCGGUGACAAGCAUAUCGCUUCCAAGGUGGAUGUGACUUCAAAUGAACAGGUCGAGGGGUGGAUCAAGGACAUUGUACAGCGGUUUGGAAAGCUCGAUGGCGCCGCCAAUGUUGCAGGCCUGGCGUUGAAGUCCGCUCCGUUCAUCGAGACGACUGAGGACCACUGGGAUUUGAUCAUGAACAUCAACGCAAAAGGCGUCUUCCUGUGCAUGCGAGCACAACUGAAAAACAUGACGGAAGGAGCAUCAAUUGUCAAUGUUGCCAGUGUUGGUGGUUUGAGCGGAGGCAGUGGAGCUUGCGCCUAUGUGGCUUCAAAGCAUGCGGUCGUUGGCUUGACGAAAACUGCCGCUCGAGAAGUGGGCUCUAAGAACAUCAGAGUCAAUGCCAUUGCCCCAGGAAUUAUCCAAACACCGUUGGUGGAAGGCCUCCAAAAAGCCUCAGGCCAAAGACUAGGGACAAACCAGCAAGCUUUGGACCGGCAAGCAGAUCCACGUGAGCCUGCUAACAUCAUUGCCUUCCUACUGAGCAAUGAUGCAUCGUUUGUGACUGGAUCAGUCUACAGAGGUACACCGCCAAAUUUCAUUCCUACAUGA